GAGGAAGGCGUCGUCCAUUUUGGUUGAUGGGAGGCAGGGCGCUCGCUGCUGGUGGGGGCCCCGUCUGCGAGAGGAUCAAGGUGCAGAAAAGGGUCCCUGCCCAAAGGAUUGCUCAAAGAAAUCCAAAGGAAUUCAAGAAAGGAAGAUGAGUGUAGAAGCUGUUGAUCGGGAGGCAGCCACAUCUAGCCGACCCUGCACCCCCCCUCAGACUUCCUGGUUUGAGUUCCUGCUAGAAGAGUCUCUACUGGAGAAACACCUGAAAAAGGCUUAUCCUGAUCCUUCACCAGUCCAACUAAUUGUUCAGUUUUUGGAGCAGGCUUCCAAGCCUUUAGUCAACGAACAGAAUCAAGUUCAGCCUCCCCCUGAUAAUAAGAGAAAUCGCAUUUUAAAAUUACUUGCUCUAAAAGUUGCUGCACAUUUAAAGUGGAAUUUGGAUGUACUGGAUAAAAGUUUAUCUGUUCCUGUACUGAACAUGCUAUUAAAUGAAUUGCUGUGCAUCAGUAAGGUUCCUCCUGGAACUAAACAUAUAGAUAUGGACCUUGCCUGUUUACCUCCAACCACUGCAAUGGCUAUAUUGCUCUACAAUAGAUGGGCUAUCCGAACCAUAGUCAACAGUAGUUUUCCUGUCAGACUAGCAAAACCUGGCCCACCUCAGUUGAAUGUUAUGAAUCAGUUCCAACAAGAAAAGGAAGUCACAGAUAACAUUUUGAAAGUGCUAAAAGAGCAGGCUGCUGAUUCCAUUCUGGUGUUAGAAGGAGCACUAAAAUUAAACAAGGAUCUUUACAUUCACACAAUACGGACGCUAGAUCUGCUAGCUAUGGAACCUGGUAUGGUUAAUGGAGAGACAGAGAGUUCUACAGCCGGAUUAAGUAUUAGCACUGAGGAAAUGCAAUGCCAAGUAUGCUAUGAUUUAGGGGCCAUCUAUUUCCAGCAGGGUUCCACAAACUUUGAUUUAUAUAGGAAUGCCAGAGAUAAAUUUUUUAGAACCAAGGAAUUGAUUUUAAAGAUUGGCUCAUCACUUCAUUGCAUGAUAGAUGAAAAGAGGCUAGCUGGUUACUGUCAAGCCUGUGGAGUUCUUGCACCUUCUGAGAGUAGUUCACAACCAUCAACUCCCUACAGUCAAAUUCAUAGCUGCUUAAGAUCUGGCAAUUACCAG